CACUACUGUCAGGAAAAGAAGGAGUAACGUCAGUUUGCAUACCGUAGAGACUGAUACUACUCUUGCCGUUGUACAGUUUUACUGGAGCUUUAACUACCACCAAACCGCGGCAGUACAAUAUAAUCAUGUCAGCACCAGCUCCAGAGGGAUAUGGGCCUUCAGGCGCGGCGGGUGGCACCCGCAAGCUCCAGCAGACACAGGCCCAAGUGGAUGAGGUGGUGGGCAUCAUGCGGGUCAACGUGGACAAGGUUCUGGAGCGAGAUUCAAAGCUGUCUGAGCUGGACAACCGAGCAGACGCUCUCCAGGCCGGCGCUUCUCAAUUUGAGACCAACGCUGCCAAGCUGAAGAGGAAGUUCUGGUGGAAGAACUGCAAGAUGUGGGCCAUUUUGAUAGCUGUGGUUGUCAUCAUACUGGUCAUCAUUAUCAUUUGGUCUCAGUCCUAAGCGAUUGGAGAGGGAGCAGCCUGUGAGAACGCCCUGGAGGACUCAGAUGAAGGAGCCAAGAGUGAUCAGAACGACAGGAGGUCAACAGCCCCCCAACUAAACUUUAAUAACCUGCUGAGUUUCCAACGGUAUUUUGUAAACUAUCCUAAAAAAAAGUUUUUUUUUUCUAUGUGUCAUUUUAAUAAUUAUGAUAUGAAUGUUGCCAUGCAGGUAAAUAUUGCCUAUUUUUCUCUCUUUGGCUUGUUUUGCUUAUUUAAAUACUGCGUUUGUAGUUUCACAUGGACAACUCUCUACACGAGGAGCCUGUACAAGGUCCAGACUGUUUAAGAGGUUUCACAACACUGCAUAGGGCCUUUGUGUUUGCCUCUAGUGUGCCUUUUCUACCUAUAGUGUCAGAGGGCUGUCCGGUGGUUCAUUUACAAUUGUGCUUAAGGACCACAACCAACACAAAAACGGAUGUUGGAAGCCAGAUGGUGCCCAAGGGCCCACCUCUUCUGCCUUAUGAAUGCCCCAAACGCCAGGUCCAACCCACCUUGUGCCAUCACAAGCCACCAGUGCCUAUCAGGGGUUUGACUCCCUCUACACACAUUAAUUAUAUGUAAUACACUACUACAACCAGACUGGUGUACCCCCCCCACACACACACACACACACACACACACACACACUCAGUCACACCUACUGCCAUGUGUCAGCCUUACUCCAAAAAGUCCACCAGUGCCUGUAAUGGCCUUUCUCACCCAAGAAUACUUCCUUCUCCAAAUAGCCUGCUGAUUCAGGAUUUUUGCAGCAACAUCUGUUUGGUCUUGAGGUGAAUGGAGGGUGUUGCCAAUCAGCCAUAGCUUUACAUAUUAUUUUAAUUAGAAUGACAUGGAAAGCUUCACACGUUCCCACAGUGUGUGCUGUUUUGUACUUGCAUCAAAAACUGUUUUUAGCUUUGCUUAAUGAAGUGACUAAAUUUGCUGUGGGGCUGUGUGGAUUUUAAUAAUUGGCCAAAUUUCAGUGUGCAUCUCAGCAUUGCAUUCUUUUUUUUUUGUACAUGCUUAUGUUCAUCUCUUUGGAAUAUUUGUGUAAAUUGUAAACAAGUGCAAUUCUAUUAUGUGUCCUUAAAUACAUUUUCCUGGUGUUGCCAUAGUCAGCUAAAUAAAAUCAAAUUUAACGACUA